GUUUGGGGUAAAUGGUACUCCAGCGGCAAGUCAAGAGACGAAAAAAAUGUGACUGCAUUUGUCUUUCCGGCGCUUGUUUUUGCUUUUUUGGCUUCGCAACAGGCUCUCGCACACCACUCGCGACCGUCCAGUUUAUGAUUUCGCUUUUCCUUUUCGUCUAGAGUCGCUGCAGUUAGGUUUCGGUGGAUGCAUUUGCCUCUUGUCAUCAUCUUAGAGACACGCGAUCUGCGUUCCCUCCUUGGAAACGAGGACACACGAACGAAGCUAGUCAAGUCUAUCGCACAAAACGCUCUUUCUGUGCUUUCUUCGAUUCUGUUUUGGGGUUUGCAUCCCUUAAAACUCGGAACUUGGAGAGCCGGAGUCCCGACGUCCCCCAAUUUUUUUUUCUCGAACGCCGCGUUUCCCCCCUCAAGAAAUACAUACUCCGUUGGAUGCCGCCAUUCUGCACGUUCGGCCUUUUUGACAACCAUCGGCUAAAAUUCAAGGAGCAUCUAGUUGGCGGAGGUGGCACGGGAGUCGCAGAGUUUCCUGGGUUUCCUGCUCGCUCGGAGCCGGUCUUCGAGAUUCAGUGCUUGCGGUAUUUUCGGCAUCCAUCGCUACUAAAUCUGGACGGAGAAUAUCCGAAACAGGGUUUCGACGUUUUCGUCUUUCGAAAGAAACUCCGGACUGUUUGGCCGCCGAGCUCUUCUCAGCCUGACUGGCCUUCCUCUCUUGGCUUCGCAGCUCCUUUGUUGACUUCACCUUGUCGAGUGUAUAUUCCUCCUACGCAGAUAUACGCAAAUGCUUGCGUGAUCUUUAUUUGCGUAUAUGCACUUGCCCUUGCACGCAUACGUUUUUCUGCGUGCGUACGAUCCUGUUUUCGGGAGGCCAGGUGUUUCAUCUUUGACGUUUACGCAGCUCUUUUCUGUGUCCCUGCAAAGACCUUUCCUGUCUCUGCGAGAUAAACGUGACGUUUCCCCUCUUUCAACUUGUGUACGGCCUUUUCGUGUUUGGUGUCGCCGACGGCGCUCUGAUACGCAAGGCUGCCGCGCAGAGGCGUCUCUGGGGUCCACCGUUUUGCUCGCCUCUGUUCUGGAGAGGCGCCUGUACCAACCAGUUCGCGUGUACAUACACCCGGUGUCGUCAGCUUCUGGAGAAAGACUUGUGGCGGCCCGUGCCUGGAGGGUGGACCUCUAGGAGUGUCAGACAGUUGAGGAUUCCGGCUUUCUGUUCUCUCGCUUUCGCCUG